AUGGAUCAAUCCCAAAGUCUUCGGUCAUUAUUCUCUGCGGCGAAGGAGACCAAGUCUUCGCUAGAGUGGAGAGGCGACACCAACUCGGAGGAGUACCGCACUGACGUGAAUGCAACAAUUGCCAAGCUUCAGGAAUGCCAACGACAAGUUGGUAUCUUGUCACUGUUCAGCUCCAACGAGUCGUUGGAGGAUGUUUCAUCUGGAGACAUUCAGUACAUGAGCAUAGAAUACCACCUGGCUGAACUCGUCCAGCGCGUUCCCAGCGCCGAUCGCGAAUCCGUUCUCCGCAGGGCCUUGGAGGCGUACGAGAAGUUUCUAACACGACUAGACGAUUACGAGAUACUAUCCAAGGCGGAUAAGAAAUUAUUGGAAGAAUACAUGGCUGCACCCUCCGCUUUUACCUUAGCACCCGUCAACGAUGCAGCUGCCCGGCGAGACACGAAGGUGCGACGUUUCAGGGAGGAAAAAGAGCUCAAGCAAAAGCUGGAGUACCUAUCUCGUAACCAGGCCCAUCUCGAAAGCGACGACGACGCAAUUCGAAAGCUUUAUCUAUCAGAACUCGAACUCUACACUCACCAAACAUUCCAAGCUCUCGAUCUGUUGGUGCAAGAACUCUCUAUGCUAUCUGCUAUGAAAAACGCCCCAGAACCCCCACGACCCUCACAAGACGACCCCCGGCAGCGCAGCAACUUAGGCGGAUUUAAUUAUUCUGACCGUCUGGACCCAUCUUUAUCACAAUUGCUUGGAGGACGGAACGGGCCAUUGCUAAACAAGAAGGGUAAACCGAUGCAACCAUUCACUCUCCUUGACCGACGGUCGCAACUUCAACAAGGAGUCUUCCGCUCCGGUCAUAAUCUGCCAACAAUGACGAUUGAUGAGUACCUCGAGGAGGAGAAAAGGAGAGGAAAUAUACUCCAGGGCGGCGAGCAAUCUGGCAUACAGCCAGAGAUCGACGAAGAUGACCUUGAUAGAGCUGAUGAAGAGACCAUGAAAGCCCGGGCUUGGGAUGAGUAUGUUGAAGCCAAUCCUAAAGGCUCUGGCAAUACUUUGAACCGUGGAUGA